AUGUGCAAAACGCAAAGCACUGGCAGCAGAGCUAGAGUAGCUAACAACGGAUGGCUGGCGGCGAUCUUUACACUUCUAGAUUCUCGAAGGCAUGCGUGUCAAGGCGAUGUGGUACGACUCAACACAGCUCUUCGCGACUGCAGGAGAGCCGGUAGGUGGCAGCAUGUCCUGACGUUCUUGAAGAGCGCAACGUGCAGCCUCGGGACAGAGCCUGACAUUGUGACCCAUAACACGGCUUUGACUUCGUUGGGAAGCCGUAAACUGUGGCAAGCUUCUCUGGCCUUGCUUGCUGCACUUGGCAAUGGCAGCGACAUAUUCAGCUUCAACAGCUUGCUGGGCACUCUGGACAACGUAGAGCAGUGGUGCUGGGUGUUGCAGAUGUUCCGCGAUGUCAGACAGCGUCGCAUGGGGGAUGCCGUUACUUAUACUUCCUCGCUGAGGGCCGCCUCAAAGCGAUCACGGUGGGCCGAAGGGCUGGAUCUGCUUCAAGAUGCCCAGGCUGCAGACAUCGAGCUCGACUUGACUGCCCUGAAUUCCGUGGCGAACGUCUUCGAGCAGGGUUCUGCUUGGAUGCAGUCCUCCUGCCUUUUGGCUAGACUUCCCCUGACCACCACACGGCCUGAUGAUCCAUUGUACAAUUCAGUUUUGAGGGCUUUGGGUGAAUGCAACCGGUGGAGGGAUGCCUUAUCCAGCCGUGUGACCAUGGAUUCGCAGAGGAUCAGCCCCACAACGAUCACAUGCAACUCCAUUCUUCGGAGUUGUGCUGAUGGCAAGUGGCCGAUCAUUCUGGUUCAGUUGCGAAGUUUCCGCGAAGCGGCUGUUGAAGCUGACACGGUUACAUGCAACACAGCCCUCAGCAUGGGCAGGUAUUCAGCCUGGGCGGCCAUGUGCGAAUUGCUCAGAGGAGCUCGAGUUGCAACUGUCAAGGCCGACACUUUCACAUAUGGUGCCGCGUGCAGAGCAUUCGAGAACGCUGGGCGCUGGCAGUCGGCUCUACUCUUGACGCAGGAAUUCACUGUGAAAGCGCGACUCAGGGCGAGUUUGACAGUCAUGAACUCGGCCAUCAGUGCCUGCAAAGCUGCGGCUGAGUGGGAGCAGGCCUUACGACUACUCUCAGAUCUGCAAGCCCAGCAGCUGCUGCCAGAUGCAGUCACCUACGCUUCGGCCAUCGCUGCUUGUGAGAAGGGCAGCAGAUGGGUUUUCGCCCUUUUGCUUUACGAAGACAUGGCUUUGGGACGAGUCGAUCCAGAUCUGGUCGUAUUUGGAUCUUUGGUCAGCGCCUGUGGGCAAAGUAGAAACGGAGCCAUGGUGAAAGCCUUUUUGGAAAGCUUGGAGAGGCGGAGUCUGGAGCCAAAUCUGGUCGUUGCCAACGCAGCCAUCACUGCCCUUGCCAGGUGUGGGGAGUGGGAGGAGGCUUCGUCAAUGCUUGCAGAGCUCCUCCAUGGGUCUCUUCGCCUGGAUGCCAUUACAUACAACGCCGUCCUGAACGGCCACGCUGGCCGAGGGAAGUGGUCUGAAGCUCUUGGUCUGCUGGCAGAGAUGUGCUGUCGGGGCCUAGAACCGGACGUCGUCUCCCACUCCUCUGCUCUGAGUGCUUGCGAGGAGGGGCUCCGCUGGACGCAGGCGCUGACAAACUUCCUGCACUUUCGGGGACGUGGGCUUGAAUGUGGCAUCAUCCCUCACAAUGCAGCAAUCGCCGCACUUGCCAGUGGCGCACGCUGGCUGCAAGGCAUGGAAGCAAUGGCCAAAUUGAAGCAGCAGGGAAGUUCUGCAACAGAGGUAACUCUCAACUCCGUUGUCAGUGCCUGCCAGCGUGGUCGUCAGUGGCAGGUUGCACUGCUCCUUUGCCAAGGCUUGCACGCAUCCAGUUUGCGCUUAGAUCCAGCAACACACAAUGCAGCUAUUCUGGUAUGUGCAGCUUGUGGACAAUGGCUGAGUACCAUAGACCUUUUGCAAGACUUGCACAGCGCCCGGCAUGCGAUUGACAGCGUGGCCCAUGCGGCGGUAAUCGACGCAUGCGAGACGAACCUUCAGCACAAACAUGCAGCAAUGCUGCUGGAUGCCAUGGCCGAAGCCGCUGUCGCAGAAGUCUCACACACCCGUGCUCACAGACCGGGCCCAAUUUCCGGCUUGCGGCGCUCGCAGGGCGAAAAAGCACGAUGCCGAUGUAAGCUGCGGAUGGAUUGA